UCAGUCGUAGCGCAACCUGCUUGCAACGCUAAUCGUGUACUGACGACGGUCGGUGUUCUGAGCGCGGGCGAUCCUCUCGUGUUUGAUCUUUUGAUCGUUCUUUUGUUUGUCGGGUGCCGGUUGGCGUCGAUCUAGCCGUUUGAUGAAAAGGUCUUUUUUGCCCGAAAUCGCGACAUUUUUCGUUGUUUUUGUUUAUUUGCCGCUGAAUCGGACGCGAAUGCCCUUUAUCGCGAUCUUCGUCGAAUCGUGCGUGAAUAGUGAUCGGUGUGAGUGAUCAAUGAACCAACGAGUGGUGUAGUCCAAGAUCAAGAGGAUCAAGGAAACCAAGAAGAAAGGUUUUCUUCGAUUCGUUUUGCAGAUUGCAGAAAACUUCGUCUGUGAAGGAAGAUCACUACUGCCGGAGGGUGUUCAUGUGUAGUUGUUGUCGGACGAAGACGCAGUCAAGUGUUGCCGCAGACGGAAUUGCAUCACAGUCUGUGGUUGAGGUAGUGCGGACUUGCCGGCAGCCAAAUUCGGCUUCAGGUGACCUCUGACAUGACCUGAUCGGGCGAAGUAAUUUGCCGCAAAGUUACAUUUUAGUGUGUAGAAGUUGUCGUAGUCAUGGCGACGACGAUCGGAGGACUUGUGCAUGACCUCCUUCGUGACGUACGCCGGUGAACUGAUGAGGCCGUUUUAAGAAAAGAGUAAUGCAAUUAGUGCCGGUUCGAUUGAAGAAACAAAACGUGUGUUCAGCGGCUGCGUCAACGGUGCGAUGAGGAAGGCCUUUUAAAAAUUGAGAUCACUGCCGUCGACAUUUCGUGCAAUCCGAACAGCUAUCAACUAAAUCGGAGACUUCGCCUUCGGUAGACAGUGAAUUCGGUAUGAAUUUAUUUAUUUCCGCCGGCUGAAUUGCCAAUCAGGGAAAAGGAGAGUGCAGUAGUGGGUCAGGAGAAGAAAAUUUCCGAUUGGAUGAUAAAUUUCACGGUUAAAAAGUCGUUCGCGAAAGUGACGAGUGGUGGAUCGGUUGGUGAUCGCGCAUUUGCCGGGUUUUGUCAAUAUUGGCCAAUGAAAUUCGUUAACCUAGAAAAAAAAGUUUGACAAACCGCGUGAAGAAGUAAAACAAAAACCACAAAACGAGUGCCCAAAUUAGUCUCUGUUUUGUCGGAAGAUCAAUCCGAAAAGAGAAUAAGCGAAGAUCAAUAGUGUAUUGGCAAUUAUCGGUCACUGACUGAUACUUGUUUUGUCCGGUGCGAAGUGAAACAAAAGUGCGUUGGUGUUGGUGUUCGACUGUGCGAGUGUCAAAGUGGAUCAACAGAAGAAGAACAACGAAGAUCAAGCGACGAUCGGCGAGAUCGUCGACGGUUUUGCAUCUGCAUCUGCAAACCGAUCUGUGGAACUGUAAGGCGAAAUUCCAACCCCGGGUGAUCAUGGCUUCCUACAACGAACUGGACUUCGAGUGGUCCAUACUCUGUGGGAAGGACUGCAAGAACUGGAGCCAUUCAGAUCUGCAACUGGCGGCGGAACUCGGAAAGACUUUGCUCGAACGGAAUAAGGAACUGGAAACUUCGCUCAAACACCACCAGAAUAUCAUCGAAGAUCAGGCACAAGAAAUCGAGUACCUAACGAAACAGAAUGGCGCCCUGCGGGAGGUCAACGACUCGCGGAUGAAAAUCUACGAACAGCUGGAAGUCAGCAUACAGGACCUCGAGCGGGACAAGUACAAGUUAGCGUUAGAAAACCAAGCCGAAAAGAAGCAUGUCAAAACCCUGUGUCGCAACAUUGAAACCCUGGAAUCCAAGGUCGACGAACUCGGCAAAACCCUGGACGAUGUCCGACGGCAGCUGGAAGCGGAGCGCAAGAAGAACGAACGAUUACAGAACGACAGCAAUGGCGCUGGCCGACGGAACGGCAAUGGCGGAGUCCUUCUGCGGCCGGUUGGAUCCGAUCUGGGUGACGGAGAUGUCAGUGGUCCGGAGGAAGACGAGAUCACCGAGAUCGACACAUCGCGGCCGGAGAACUUCUCGUUCGCCUUCCGGGACCAAUCGCACUCGACGGACGUCACCGACGGCAGUCACCUCGGAAUCAGUUUCUCCCAGAGCCGAUCCAACCAGCAGCAGAACCUCUCGGACCUGAACCUGGCCGAGGAGAACGAAGAGCUGAUCCGGAUAAUGCAGGAACUGGAGAAAACCCGCAAGUGCUUCAUCGCCGAGCAGAACCGGGUGGCGGAACUCGAGGAACAACUGGCAGCCAUUGCGCAGGAAAACAAGAUCCUCCAGAGCAAGAUAGUGCAAAUCAAUACCACCGAGGAGAUGAAGUCGGUGCACGAGGAGCUCUCGAUCCUGGAGGAAGUCAGGUUAGUGGGGCAAGGCCAGAUGUGCACCCGCUGCCUGCGAGGCUUCGAGGACCGGACGGGACCAGCGGACGACGACGAGUCGAUCAUCACCGGAACCGAGGGCGACGACCGCAGCCUGAUCGAUCUGAUCCAGAACGCGGACGCACCCCAGGUGUACCGGUCCUCGGUCACGAUCAAGACUUCUUCUCCUAAGCCAGAUACCUUGGAUCUGUCGGGAGCUAGCUCGAACAAUCCAUACCGGGAGCUGGUGGCGAAAUAUGAAGCGCUACUGGAGGUCCAAAGGAAUUCGGUGAGUCGCAAGCAAAGCAGUGGACCGACAACGAAUGCUUCGUCUGGACAGCAGCAACAGCAGCAGUCUCUGGACGGGGCGGCUCCUCAUCAUGCCCAUCCCCACGAAGAGCUCGGAUCGGGUGAUUUCAGUUCGCUGAAUACGAAGUUCACGGACGAGGACGGUAGCAAGAAGGACGAUCAGAGCAGCAAUGGAACACGGCGGAAGAUUGGUCUGCGGACUCCGACGGACUUCUCAGAAGCGGAGACCACCAGUUCUGGAUUCUCCGACGAGAUCAGUAACAAGGCCACGCAGACCGACGAAGGCCCGAGGAACUUCCUGUGCACGAUUGCUGACGAGAACUGCAAGUUUAGCAUCUACGAGGACCAAACGGUGAUCGACUCCAGGUUCCGGUUCAGCCCUUCGCAUCGGGAGCUGUUCCGGGAGAUCUUCACCAUCUUGAAGAAGGCUGCCAACAACCGCGACGAGGGAGAGCAGUUGCCUCUGCUGGAUGAUCAGAACCCUCCGGCAGCGAAGGCAGUGACUGCCCCGAAGGUUCCUCCGGUUACUCCAGCCAAUGACGAACCUCCGAGCGAGUUUGGCGACGACACCCAGAGUAUCAUUUCGUCGGCUGUUUCCGAACAGUCAUUUGCCAUGUCGGAAUGCAUCACCAAGUCCGAGCGGAAGAAGAUCGAGAAGCAAGCGAAGUACGCGGAGAAGCACGGCGAACAAGAGAACAAGCCUCCAGUAGGAGUCGCUGCUCUGCCCGAUGGUCGCAUUUUGACCCCGUACAAGCGUCAACCGCUGGAAUACCUCAGCGUUGCCGUGGGCGUCAACAAGAAGAAGUCGCGCCGUCGCCGUAACCGUGGAGACAAUCUGGAUCGGUCCGAUUCUCCGAUCGCUCUGCCAACUCCUCCGCGAGUCUACACCAGCACCGGCAAGAAGGGGCGCAGCUCAUACCGGCCAUGGAAUCCGAACGAACCGCUAGCAUCCCCUGCCGCCGGCAACUCCUCCGCUUCCACAGCAACUGCCGCCACCGAGUGGAAUGGCAACUCAAUGACGAUCUACAACCGCAGCGUCAACUCGCCAACCCCGAACGCAUCUGCCUCGCAACGCAGCGGCCAAACCUUCCGCAGCUCCACGGCUAGCACCACUGCCGGAAGCGCCAGCAGUAAUCGCUUCGCUGACCUCACGGACGAAAACGGCGACGCCAUAGUCCAGUUCAAACCUUCCUCCGCCAGCCAAGAUCUGCACAAACUGAAGAAACUGGACCUUUCGUACGCGGAGGUUCUUCGCCGAGCCGACCACUGCAAGCACCAUAGCCAGCGGCGCCAACAGCACCACCAUCACCAACACAAGUAGGCGACGCCGCAGCAGGUAAAUCGGUCUUUCAAUGUGUUUGUGUCAUCGUCGUAGCGAAAGCGGGCGGAAACCGUCAAAUUGUGUAUUUUUUUAAGAAUAAUUGUGACGAGCAUGUGCAAGAUUAGCGUUUAGUACGAUAAGAAGCAAACUAACACAAGUUUCCAACAGUUUUCAUGCUCUUAAAAUUUUGAUAUUCGGACUGUCAAGUCCCGAGAGAAAGAGUAAAUUUGACAGAAUAAAGCAAAACAAGCAGAACCAGUAUUACGAAUUUGCUGACCUAGGGAACCGAGUUUCGAACAACUUAAGCUUCUUUCCUGUUAACGGAGUUGAUCUGUUUGGCGUUUGACAGUUGUCAAACUCCAAUAUAACCACCAUUUUUUGCGAGAGCCAAACAGAUUGAUUCGUUUUGCUCCUUGGAACAAAAUUCAAUCAAAUAAAGAGGUCCUGAUUUACUUAGUAAUAUAUAAACAUCACUCUCACACAAACUAUUUAUCUUACAAAAACAAGCAGUGCACGAAAGUUAUAAGGAUAAAAAUCAGAAAACGUACGCCAUAUUGAUUAGUUUUGUUUGCGGGCGCCAGGGAGAGCCACUCCCCUCAAGCAGUGACAGCAGGUUGGAGUUCGAUAAUUACUUGAACCUAGCGCGUUGGAGAGGAGAACCAUUUAUUUAGCAAUUGUUAACUAUUUAGCUUUAAAUUGGCAACAGACACGCGUGUUCGCUGAGUUAUUAUUUUAUUUAGAAGAAAACAAAGUAGGCUUCGUCUUGGUUAUUGUCAUUUAUUAUUAAUAUUAUUGCUACAAUCGAAGUAGGCUAAGGCGGACAUUACCAUAGGCGAAUUUGGCGAUGUUCUGACAAAAUUGAUGAUGGUGGUGAUCGCAUUGGCCCUCGGAGAUCGUUAUUGCGCUUUGUUCUUAUUAAAUUUCGUUGGAUUUUCUUGACAAGUCUGAUGAUUGCGUGAGCGAAUGGUUGCUGCGAUUGCGAGAGAAUGAGAAGGCUGCGUGAACGGAGAGUGCCGAGCAUUCGAACGUGUACACACAAUACCCAAUUUAUAGGAGAUAAGAAAGCCAAUCAUCCAACCAACCAACCAACCAAUUACUUAUACUCACUCUUAAUGCAUAGACAACAAAAGACAUAGGCGGAAUACUUUCGUUGAACUCCCCCGACUCCCGCAACAUAACCGAAAAUCUUAGGAGAGGAACCACUUACUAAUUCUUACAUUACAACCAAGUUCAAAUCUCUACUGAAUACAUGUAAACUAACAAAAAACCGCAGCGCAGGGUUGCUUCCCAAAACUGUAAGACACGGUUCAAGGAAAGACAAAGUCAAAGCUCAAUGUAACUUAAACAAACACAAACCCCAACAGAAGGAAUGUCCGGCCGAAAACGUGUUGACGCCAUUCUGAACUCGGAAAGGGAUCGAAAGCUUAACAAUACCAACACUCAAACAGAAAUCGAGCCGCAAGAAGCGCCGAAUUAGACUUCUCCUGGUCUCAUUUGGGUUGUGGAAAGAGGUUGAGCCUAUCAACCAAAUGAGACUUGGUGAAGAAAAUAGCAAGGGGGGCCCGCCCCUUUCCGGCCGGCUCAAACUCAACUAACCUUAGAGAAUACGAACAAACGAACGAAUGAACGCGCGCGGCGUGAGCCAACUGUAAUAAUAAUGUGUAGAAAUUCUGAAUAAACCAGCAGAACAUUACUGAAAGAUGUAAAGGAA